GGCCGUGACGUCAGUAUAGGAAGUCAUUGUAGAGCAACACUGGAGCGAUUAGCAGCAAAAAGGGGGAGCCUGAUGUCGAGGAGUCAGCCCUAUGUAUAUCUCUCUAUACGCCUCAACUUUUAACACAAAGUUCAAUAUCCAAACACAAAAAGCGACGUGGACUACGCAGACCCACACUUUGCUUUUCCGCAUUUUCCCUGAAUGUAACAUCUUGGAGCGUCUGAGCCGCCUGUAAUCUGGAUUUUGUUCCUCUCCUGGGUUUAUUUCUCAACUUCAUUUUGAUUUUUUUUUUUUUUUUGCAACUCCGAGUUAAUUUUUGCUGACUUUCUUCUGGAGGAGAAGCAUCUCGCUGUUGUUAUGAAGACUUCAUCACUCCUUUCUUAAUAUGGAAGGAUCCAGCGGGUCGAGUUUUGGGAUAGACACUAUUUUAUCCAGCGCUUCUAACUCUGGUAACCCCGUGCUCAUGAACGGAGAUUUCCGGCUCGGCGACAGCAGGACAGCGGAUUUCAGGAGCCAGGCAACCCCGUCACCAUGCUCGGAGAUAGACACUGUGGGAACAGCCCCCUCAUCCCCCAUCUCGGUCACCAUGGAGCACGCCGCCGAUCCGCAUCUGGUCCAGGACAGCCUUCAGCAUCACCACCAUCACCACAACCAGCCGCAGAGUUUGCCGCUGUCGCCUCAGCAGCAGCCGCUCGCCGGGGCCGGCUGCGCCCCGAGGACUGCCACCUCCUCGUUUCUAAUCAAAGACAUUUUGGGCGACAGUAAACCGCUGGCAGCCUGCGCACCUUACAGCACCAGUGUAUCCUCACCCCAUCACACGCCAAAACCAGAAAGUGCCACGGCUCCGGACGGCUUCAGGCCCAAGUUGGAACAAGACGAAAACAGAGGGACUAAAGAAGAAGGCGACCGGGAAAUCUCCAGUAGCAGAGACAGUCCACCGAUGCGCACGAAAAAGCCUCGCAAAGCACGGACAGCCUUUACCGACCACCAGCUCAACCAGCUGGAGAGGAGCUUUGAGCGACAAAAAUACCUCAGCGUGCAGGACCGCAUGGACCUGGCCGCGGCUCUCAACCUGACAGACACACAAGUCAAGACCUGGUACCAAAACAGACGGACGAAGUGGAAGAGGCAAACGGCGGUCGGAUUAGAGCUCCUGGCUGAAGCAGGAAACUACUCGGCCUUACAGAGAAUGUUCCCGUCGCCCUAUUUCUACCACCCGAGCCUGCUGGGCACCGUGGACAGCACGACGGCAGCCGCGGCGGCCGCAGCCAUGUACAGCAGUAUGUACCGGACUCCUACCGCGCCGCAUCCCAGCCUCCAGAGACCUCUUGUCCCGAGGGUGCUCAUUCAUGGCCUUGGGCCGGGGGGGCAACCGGCACUAAACCCCCUGUCUAACCCCAUGCCCGGCACACCGCACCCGCGAUAAAACUCGAAACAAGACGAGCAAAGACGAUGAACCAGAAACCUGGUUGAACACGUGAUGUGAGUAACUGCAUCGGAACCACAUUGCAGGACUUGUUCUCCCCUUCUCCCCCCCAAAAGACACAUUUAAAGACAUUUUACAGAAGUAAAGGAGGUAUUUAAUAUAGGCCCAGAUAGCCUAAGCCCAGUCCGAAAGACUCUCUGUCCGGGCCGGGACAGAACCACAACAAGGACUGCUCAUGUCUGAUUGUUUGUUUGUUUGUCUUUUGUACAAAUACACUUACAUUAGCAAAUAAACUUAUAAAGUUUAUUAGAUGGAGAAGAACGGAAUGAAUAAAGAAGUAAUGAUACUAAUUGAAUUUGCAGGCGCUUCUCUUCAAACUGGAGUUCAAAUUUCAUUUUUACGCAAACUUUAAUACAAGAAAAAUUGGAGUUUUGAAUUUAUCAAUUACACAUUAUUGGUUGUAAACCGGGUAUUUCCA